AUGAAAGCACCUACAAAUGGUGGUGCUGGUGGUGGUAAUAUAGAUGUUAGCAGUGAUGAACCAAGCACUUUAGGCGAAGGAUCCAAUUACGAUAUUGGAUCUUCAAAUGAAAAUAUUGUUGAUCCCUUUGCACUGCUCGAGAUGCAAUACCAGAUUGAGUGUGUUGAUGCUAAGUUCACACUGUUAACGCUCAGGAUUGCUGAAAUCAAGGAGCCAAUGUUGCUAGCACUGAAAGCAGGGCCUUCUGACGUAAGAGGUGGAGAAGUAGCUAUGACCAAAUGGAAGCCCAACUCAGAAUUCCAACUCCGAGAUGAAUCCACUGAAGGUGAAGAAGAAGAAGAAGAAGAGUUUAUGCAAAUUAUUGAAGUCAUUCCUGGAGAUCCAAUCAAGGACAAAAGCAAGGGAAUAUCCUUUGGUCUGAUCAUCCCGAUUAAGUCAUCAAGAAAGUUUGAGGACUGGCCACAAGAUGAAAUCAACCAAGCUAUUGAAGAAAUUAUUAGGAUCCAUGCUCUAAAGGGUCCUCCGAAUCCUUUAUACAUAGUUUCACCAUAUAAUCUAGAAGGAAUCAUUCAUGAACAUCAUAUGGUUCUAUUCAUUAGCUAUGAUCUUCUUACUUCAGAUUGGAACAACUCGAUAUGUCGGUAUCUCCUUAUAGGUGAUAUUAUGUUAAGUUCACUCCAUUGCAUCCGACUGACGAACCGGCAACUCUUGUUUAAAUUGAAAGAGAGCUCUUGUACACCUUCUAUGCCACUAAAUUCUCUUCCACAAAAAGAAGUUUGGUCAAAACAAAAAAUACACAAAUUAGUACAUGUGGAAUGA